ACGAAUGUUUCGUGUUUCCCGCCAUUUCUUCUCUCAACCAACGUUGUGCGACGUUUCGUCUUUAUAUACGACACAUUUUUUGAAAAGAAAAGAAAGGAAAAUGGAAUAUACGUUGCAAGAUGCCUUUGAAACCUUGAAGGAGUCGCAGAUGGAACGACAGAAGGAGAUAGAGGACUUGACGAACGUAAUUCCGAACAAUUUCAGACAGGUUGCUCUACAGAAAACGUGCAACUCGGAGAACGUGAAAAACAAACAACACAAAUUGUGCAAAAGCUUAUUGAACCAGGUUCUUUUGGAAGAACCAAAGGAUUAUCCUGUUCCUAAAACGUCUGACUUGCACGCCGAGGUCUUGACAGAUCUCGAGAAAGAAGUUCAAAAUGCUUAUCAACUCUUCGAGCGUACAAAGACACAGCUUUCAGACAUCAAGGACGAUAUUUCUUAUUUAGAGAACAAAAAAUUGGGCCUGGACAAGAUGAAAGAAGCCUACUUAGGUGCACAGGAGUUGACAGCGGACACAACCUACAACAUGGAAUAUGCUACGGCGAAACGCAUAUUUCGAAGUGUAAAGGAAGAUUUGCAUGCAGUAGUGGAAGAACUGUUCCCAGAAAAUGACAAUUUCAGAAACUUUCUGGCAGUCUUGAUAUCGUCGCAUUCAAAGGGCGGCAACGAUCUAUAUGUGGAUGUUACUCCAGAGAUUCUACACUUUGUAAAUUUCUUGAUUGAAGCUGAUAUUGCUGUCUAUCACAGAAAUGAUAAGACUAAAGUUAAACUAAUGGAUAUGUUAUAGGUACAAUUAUAAUAUGCAUAACUUGAAUCUCAUAUUUUUAAAAUAAAGUUUUCUUUCUUUUAA